CAUAGCCUGCUGCAGACAUUCGCCCUGACGCCCAGUCUACCACCCAAGGUUCUUGGGCUGCCGCUAGCAUCGAUCUGUUCUGUUGACUCAACAGGAUUCACAGUUGUAUCUGCUAUACGGACAAACCCGUUGGCCUCUAAUCUCACCCGGAUCAUUUGCGCAAGCUCACGAGCUCAAAGCUCAAGAGCUUGGCGGUGUCGUGUCGGCCAUUUGGCCGCGUUUGAGCCCUUCUUUUCUGCACAAGCCCGGCGGGGUUUCCUACCGUUGUCGACAUUCCUGUCGCGCUGCUGGCCUCUUUGGGUUACUUGUGCCUGAAACCUUGUGGAUCUUCCUACCCUGAUUCCUUGUUCUCGAGUCUUGCAGUGUCUCGCGCGUAACUAACCCUUUGUCGGUUUAUGCGUCUCUGUCCUGACUAUCACAGUUCUCGAUUUGGUCCGUAUUGUCAUGGUAGACUGUUAGCAGUGUCGACAUCAUGGGGAGAGAAAAGAAGAAGAGACCGCAGUUAUCUACGGUCGCUUCGGCCAAGGAGCGGCACCGGAAAAAAACGAGGCGUGAAACUGGCCGGAGUGCGCCGUCGCCGUCCCAACUUGAGGCCAGAAAAGCCAUACCCAAGUCUAGGCAUCAGACUUACCUGGAGUUUGUUCAGAAUGAAGACUACAAGAAGAAGCCCCUAGACUUUCAGCAUACGACCCAACGAGAACCGCCGCCGUUGUUCUUCUUUGUUCCUAUCGGCAACCCGGAGCUGACGAUGGCAUGCAAAGAUCUGUCGCGAGAAAGGGGCGCCAUGGUCUAUAUCGUCUCUAAUGCCAGCGGCCCCUCGUCAGAUCUCUCACAACAAAUGAACCGAGUUGGCUACCAUUUCCGGCAUCAGAUCGUACAAGAAGCCAUGCGCUCACUCAACAUGACAUCUAUUCAUGAUCCAGAGCUUGUAGCCCCCGGUGGUGUGGAGCGCAUCCCCCAGUCCCAGAAGGACAUCAACGAGCAGGCUGAUGCUGCCAUACGGGAGCUCUUCCCCAGGAUUCCCAACACCGACAGGGGUGAAAUCAUCAGCCAUGCUUUCAGAAAGGGGAAAACAUUCAACGGCGAACCGGUUGUUGGGUUGCAGCAGAACCUUUCUCUGUCCCGUCGCGUGCAGCUUGCGGUACUGGCCCACAUUCGGCACAACCAUACCCGUUAUGAUGAAUUGCUCAGGGAGACUACCUGGGCAAACGCCCGGAAAGCUACGGAGCAACUGUGCCUGGACUACCUCGUCAAGUGGCGGGGCGAUGAUGAGUCUGGCCGUGAUCAAUUAGACGAGAUCCUGCGGGAAGUGGUGGUGUUGUCUGACGACGAAUCCGAAGACGGCGACUCGUUCACCGAGACCGAGUCUGCCCUUUCUGAUGACGUUGUGAUUCAAGAAGUUAGACCUGUCGCCCCUGUCGCGGCCUCUAAUGGCGCGGUUGGGGCUCCCCAGGAUGACUACGCCCAACUCGCUGCAUCGUCCAGGCUGCAGAACAAGGCCAGAAAGAAGCAAGCCAAUGCGGCAAAGCCGGGGAAGUCCAAGAAUGCCAUGGCCCGAGAGAAGCGGAAUUUCAGACGCUAUCAAGCAGCAUGGGACCAGGCUGUCGACCGACACCGCGCUGCUGACGAACAAGCUCACGAACAAGAGCAGAUGGCCACAUACCGCAGUACUCCAGCCAGAGGAUCAGACAAUUACGGAUCCUCAUCGAAGCCGAUGGGUGGCUAUACCGUGUUUGCUUCCCCUCGAGAGAACAAUACAAGGCCAUCCCAGCCUGGAAUGGCUCUCCCUCUGCAACCCGCCCCUUGCCAUGGGUUUGUCGAAGCGAGACCGCACCCGAAUGGCGCGUCGGCUAUCCUACGUCCACCGUCCCCCCGCUAUGUGCCAUCUGACGACAAUCGGGUCUCCGGUAAGGUUAAUAAUGGUGCUGGACGCCUUCCCCUUCCCCACGACUCAGCUCGUUCCGUGCAUCCCUUUGCUUCCAGUGGUCCCAACGGCCAGCUUCAGGACAUGUUGCAUCCCUCCAUUGAGCCCAUGUCACCUGGUGGACCCCGUUAUAGGCUCGGACAACAAAGCCGCCCGGCUGCUGUGCAUGAUGCUUGGCGUGGGGCAUUUCAGCCCGCGGAAUUGCUUUCUCGAGAUCGAGAUGGUGUCGUUGAUCGAGGGCACGGGCGUCCGAUGUCUAUCGAUCGAGGUCCAGCCUAUGUUGAUGUUACCCAGGAUAGCAGGACAUAUGACGCCGCUUGCCAUGGAUACGACGGCCAUAAUUCCCCCCCAGUACGUAUGGCGAGGCAUCAUCCCCCGCCAGUACAUAACAUGUCCACGAUGCCACGCGAAGUUGGUAGCCAGCCUUGGCCGUCUGGCGAGGAAUCUGUUCACCGGAGGGGCCAAGGUGUCCCAUAUUCCGGCCCAGUGUCAACUCGUUCGAACCACAUGUUUGAGGAGCGCGGCGUUAGCUCGCAAUCAGCCAUACGUGUCCCAUACGACGACAGCAAUUUCAUUGACCGUCGCUACGUAGGCCACGAGAGAAGCCGUUACGCACCCGGUAGAGCCCAAGCUCCGUUGCCUGCGAGCUCCAUGUCCAAGGGAUUUGUAACGCUGAGAGAGGCAGCACCCGCGCCGGCAGAACAGGACCUAACCUCGCUCUCCACUGAGGGAUUCAUCCGGAUCAGAGAGGCGCCACCGGUCUGGCAUAACCCUGUGCCCUAUCAUGCCUCUCAUAUGGACAUGCCGCCUCCUGACCGAGCUGGAUUGAGCCAUGCGGCACGGAGGGUGAGGAGCCCGGAUCAACGGAUUUUUGUUCAGCGCCAUCGGCCGGGUUCAGUCCCUAUUGAGCAAAGUCGACGGGAAACAAUCGCGUAUCGAAAUCAGGAUCCCACCAGGCCCCCACCCAGGACAGUAUACGAAGAAUCGUCUAGAGGUUACCGCGUGCAUCAUCAUGAUUACCCCGUCCUGCCGAACACCCAUGUCAGCAGGCAAGCUGUUUCAGGGGGUCCCUACGCUCGGAGCUACGACUUGCGUAACGCGAGGACCCCUGCCCGGAUACCCCCGGAUCAUGAAAUUGUGGUGCUCGACAGUUAAUGCAAGCAACGAUGUUGCGGAUCAGUGUUUUUCUUAACCGCGCUUAGUACAUCUGGCACAACAAGAAUUGCGGCACAUAUAUACCGACUUGCGAGAAGACGUGAUUAAGAUGGCGUUGAGGAUGAGCCGUAACGACCAUGCAUUUGUUUUCGAGGACGAGUACUUGCGGCAGCAUAGCAAUGGAGCAAUGGGUGGUCACGUGGACGAACUUGUUGAUGAUUAGUAUCGCCUGGUUUUAAUUCCUGCUAGGAAGAGGCGUUGAUAUAGAAGGGAUGGUAUACCAAGGACGAUACCCCCAGCCCGGAGGAGAGAGUAUGAGGAUAGGGUGUGACGGGGAGCGACUUCUUUUGGAAGUCCAAAAAUCACACCUGCAACGCCAUCUGCUUGAAGCGACCAGGCUUAGACAGACCAAUACAGAAAUACAGAGACAUUCAGGUGGUAUGAUUCGACCGUGUACCACGCAAG